AUGGCUUCCGUUCUACCGUUAUCCGAGGAACAGCUGCUGACUCUCCGCAACGAUAUCCUGCCUUAUAAGGAGUACACUGAGUACAGCCCUAUGCCCGCCUCUGGAGUUGAAGUGUCUUAUUGUUCGAUCUGCGGACUCCCGCAGGACUUUUGCGAGUUCGGACCGAGCUGGGAUAAAUGCCGCUCGAGUGCAGUAGCAGCAUACCCUCAGCUGUACCCACAAUAUCAAGGCGAAGGUGACGAGAAGGAUGCUGAUCAACACCAAGGAGAUGCCAAUAGUAGAAUUGUCGAUGAUUCGAAGAACGUCGAUGGUGAUAUCUCUUCGUUGGUCACCAUUCGAAAGCUCAUCCGUAGUAAACGUAAGAUAAUUACCAGUGUGAGUGGACUCGAAAGCUACGGUGUCGAUAUUCAACAAGCAUGUAAACUCUUUGCGAAGAAGUUCGCGUGUGGCUGUGGCGUGGUGAAGUCUACCGGUAGUAGUGAAGCUAUCGAGAUACAAGGUGACGUCGAGGAAGAUCUGUUCGAUUACAUUCUCGAUACAUGGGGCGAUAAGAUUCCUGACGAUGCUAUCACUUUUGGCAACGAGUCUACCAAGAAGGGCCGGAGCCGGAAGGGUGGUAAUCGUGGUCGCAAGGGUGCCACUAUGAAGAGGUCUGGCGCCGCUCUAGCCGACUAA